AUGUUUUCGUUGGGGCGCGUGCUCUCCCUCUGUGUCUGCCAUGAAGAUACUGCAGAGGUCAGCAGCGAGGUCUUCUUCCAAAGCGUGCAGGGCGAUUUCAGCGCUGUCGAAGUGUCACCACAGUGUACUGCCCACAAGGAGCAGCUCGACGAGCUCUUUCGAUCGAGGCCAUACCUAGUCUCCAAGGAGCAUGAGCUCGCUUUCUUUAUCGACGAGCUGGUCGCGUCGAUCGCAAGCGGAAAUGCGGAUGAGGCACAGAACAACCUCGACAUCCUGCAGAUGAAGCUGGAUCUGGAGGAGAAACACAUUGCAGCUGCAUUCAACAAGUUUGACCACAGCGGGGACGGCGUCCUCGCCAAAAAUGAGGUAACUUUCAUGCUCGACUACUUGGGCUUUCCAGACACUCAAGAGGAUGUGGACAAGCUGAUGAGCAUAGUGGACACCAGCCGCGAUGGAACAAUUCAGUUUGACGAGUUCUUGCGCUACGUUGGCAAAGUCGGCGGCACAGGAAAGCUAUUCGAGAUUCGCCGGCAGCAGAUCAAGGAGCGUGGAGGCUUCAAAGGUUCCAUCUCCGAUCCAGACAAUCUCCGAGUGGCCUUGCAGGAGUGCGGCAUCAACCCGGAAGCACAGGCCCACUGGCGACUGACCGCUAGUGAGUCGGAGCUAGACAGUGCUGCCCAGCUCCGGCCAUGCCAGCAGGCGGCAAUUCGUCACAUCCGCAAUCUCGCUCAAGAAAACCACGAGCGAGCUCUUCCGGAGUUGCAGCGAAGAGUGCAAAAUCUGGGGCACACGGACACAGAACUCUGGAUGGUGCUUGCGUGGAUCAGAGAGCUGGCGCCCUUGAUUGUACAUAUCAACUUGGACAAGGUCGGCCAGUUCUUCAUGAAGGACACGCAUUAUCGGAACCAGUUCGAGACCAAAACGUCCGGUGGGUUGUUGAAAACCUCGGCUCGUGAAAAGUGGGAGCGCGGACUUUUCGGCACAGCGUAUGAUGAUGCCAAACCGGCUGAAAGACCGAAAUACGGAGUGCAGAACAUUUGGAACGACCCCAGAGGCGUUGUCGGGGCCCGCCAGUAUGGCGAUUCCUACAUCGUUUUGAAGGACUUCCGCUUGCGAUGCACUCUUUCUCCACAAGAUUCCGCGAACCUGCCGGCACGAAAGCUCGCGGUUCUUGACUACUAUGCCCACGUGCUUUUGGAGUACAGCGACAAGGAGCUGAAAGAGGCGAUCCGUGUUGCAGAGAAGGGUGAUGAGAAAGUUGGUGACUCCGAAAUGGUUGUCGAGAAGUGGGGCAUGUACAAGGAAGCACAGCUUCAUGGUGAGAUCGACCUGCGAAAGCAUGUCGAUCGGCUCGUGGCGAACGAACGCCACAGGAAGCAGGCGGACUGGGUGAAGAAGCUUUGCAAGAAGAAUGGCUGGACUCUUACAUGGAUGGAUGACAUGCGAACCCAGCUUGAAGACAGGCAAAGUGGAGUCGAGCUGGACGUGAAGCAGUGGCAGCUUCGAUGCAUUCACCUUGCCAGAUAUCCAUACACAGAUUCAGGAUGUGCAACAACCGAGGGAAGAGACACUGCAGAAGCUGGGUCGUGCAAGUGA